AGUGGAGAUAUGUACAGAACAACGUUUGAAGAGUUCAGUGAAAGCAGUCAACCUGCAGAGUGUACGGGUGUAGCGCUACUCAUGGACCAAAACAGAAGACCUGCAGAGACUAACUACAUAGAUCCUUACUCCCCAAUGUGUCAGGUACCACUGCCUGGUCAUUGGUCUGAUUACAACAACGUCAGAAGACGCAACCAAAGGGAACGUGAUCGAGUCCGUUACGUCAAUGAGAGUUAUGAAACAUUGAAACAACGCCUUCCACUAGACAACAACAGAAGAAUUAGUAAGGUUCAGACGUUGAGGUAUGCCAUUGAGUACAUUCGUCGGCUCCAGAAGAUCUUGACAGAUAUGUAGACACUUACUUCGCCAUCACGACAUUGUUAUCUAUGAUACUCUACAUUGAACUUUGACAGAUAUGUAGCACAUACUUCGCCAUCACGACAUUGUUAUCUAUGAUACUCUACAUUGAACUCUGACAGAUAUGUAGACACAUACUUCGCCAUCACGACAUUGUUAUCUAUGAUACUCUACAUUGAACUUUGACAGAUAUGUAGACACAUACUUCGCCAUGACGACAUUGUUAUCUAUGAUACUCUACAUUGAACUCUGACAGAUAUGUAGACACUUACUUCGCCAUGACCACAUUGUUAUCUAUGAUACUCUACAUUGAACUCUGACAGAUAUGUAGACACUUACUUCGCCAUCACGACAUUGUUAUCUAUGAUACUCUACAUUGAACUCUGACAGAUAUGUAGACACUUACUUCGCCAUGACGACAUUGUUAUCUAUGAUACUCUACAUUGAACUCUGACAGAUAUGUAGACACAUACUUCG